AUGCCUACAGCGGUCAGGGCCGAAGACGAUCCAGUCACAGCCGAGUACGAUGUCUUUCUCACGCCGCCCAUCGAGGAGCAAGUCUACAUUCUGCAAUACCCCAAUCGCUCUCGCAGUAUACCGUACAACCGCAGCGGAGGCGCCAUGCCUCAGGACAUGCGCAUCAAGCCUCAGGCCGGUUUCAUGGAGAUGGACGUGGACAUGAACAGCAAGCAUAACUUCAACAAGUACAUGGCUCUCAAAUGGGCAGAUGCGAAGCAAAGCUCCAAGGAGCUGCACAACCCGAGUGUUACGUAUGGCCCUGCUUCAGGUCUGGUUGGCGCGAGGCCAGGCGCAAGAAGCCGUUCCGCGCUCAAGGGCCAGGGAGACCGGGAGUUGGAGCUGGAGAACGACCUGAUGAACUUUGAAGACGCCGAGAAGAACGAGAGGGUAUUCAAUAAGCAGACACUCGGCGGACAGAUCAUCCGCCACAACUCGGAAGCUGAACUCGGCAAGCCAUACUACUUUGUCGGAGCGUUCCAGGGCAAUCAGCUGCACCUGACCAAAGUACACGGCACAGUCCAAAUGCGCCCUCACUUUCACCACCUCGACGCCGAAGAAGAACGUGCUCGUGUCACUGCCUCUCGUGCGCAGGCUGAAGCUGCCGGACCAGGGCCCGAUCCUGUUGCCAAGACUGUCUCCAAAACCGUGAAGGACAAGGAGGAUAAGGAUUCCACAGAGGCGAAACUGAAGAAGUUCUUGGAAAAUGCGAAGCUGGAGCCUUGGCUGAAGAUGGAAUACAUGGAUGAGGAUUUGGAUAUCGCAUACCACGAGUUCCAAAGCAAGCUCAAGGUCAUGGAUCCGAGCAACUUGCCGCAUCUGAAGAGCCAGAUGGACAACGACGCAUUUCUGGAUGCGAUUAGCGCUCCGCGGCACGAUGGUCUGACUCGACGCAAAAAGCGCGCAUCUAGAGGGAAGGAGACGGUCGAGAUCGAAGACGAGGACGGAGAGCAAGAGGGCGGAGAGGUUGCAGCUCCGCCAGAAUGA